AUGCCGGGACCAACUCCGUCUGCGCCUCAAACGUUCCUCCAGAUCGUUCAAUCGUGCGACAAUUUUCGGCUCUCCGCGUCAACCAACACGGAACAAUUGGUUCCAUGGUUGCUUUCACCCUCGCCGCCCUCACCCGCUGUCGGACUUCUCCGUCCUGAGGUGGUCACGCAGCUACGCAAGGAGGCGGCAUCUACGUCUUCACCAAACUGGGAGUUCGGGCAGAGCACUACAGGGCGGGAAUGGGUGAGCUUCGCCCACGGGAUCGACACGCCAUCCGCGCGCUCGCGCGUCAUGAAAGACACCUGCGAGCGAUGGCGCGACAGCGGGCUGUGGCCGGACGAAAUCAGUCCACGGAAGUGGCGGAACGAGCUCUACCCGGUGUACCGCAAUCCCUUCGGGCUGCGCGACUUCCCGGGCCACGCCGACGAGGACGCGCACGGGGACGCGCUCAACUACGCGUUCCGUAUGGAGCGCGCGGCGAGCGGCCUCUUUGGCAUCGUCACCUUCGGCGUGCACAUGACGGUGUACGAGGAGGCGCCUGGUGCGGACGGGCAGCCCCCGAGCUACAGCAUGUGGGUGCCGCGCCGCGCCGCGACGAAGCAGACAUGGCCUGGGUACCUGGACAACAGCGUCGCGGGCGGGAUCGAGGCGGGCCUCGGGGUACUUGACUGUGUCGUGAAGGAGGCGAUGGAGGAGGCGAGCCUCCCUGAGGACGUUGUGCGGCGCCAUGCGCGUGCGACGGGGAGCAUAAGCUACUUCUUCCGGACGCCUCGUGGAUGGCUACAGCCAGAAGUGGAAUACGUGUACGACCUCGCCCUGCCCCCGAACUCGGGUGUGCAACCCCAGCCCUUGGAUGGCGAGGUCGAGUCCUUCGAAUUACUGCCUCUCGAGAAGGUAGUGGAGCAUAUGCGCGCCGGAUUGUUUAAAUACAACUGUUCAAUAGUCCUCGUCGACUUCAUGGUGAGAAAGGGAAUCAUUACGCUGGACAACGAGCCGGACUAUCAGGAGAUCGUCACGCGGUUGCACGGGCGGUUCGACUACGACAGAUGGGGUUUGGGCCAGUGAUGGUGCUCUCUCCAACCCAUCCUCGCUGAGGAUGCACCGUGGUAUCACAAGAAGUCAUCUCAACGGAUGUUGUAAUAUGUAUGUCGGGGAGCGUAGGCUAGCCUGCCUAUAUGUAUACGUAUAAGUGAAAACGGAGAUCUGAGCAGAUCGUUUACAAUUGACAUAAAUCGUGAAAAAGGUUCAUAAC